AUGUCAGCUUCGGCACCUCCGUCCUGGCUAUUCUCCAACAACUUCACCAAGACCAACGACACCACCCCUACCACCACAACACCGCAACAAGACAAGAUGGUCAAGAAGGAGAAGUCCGAGAAGAAGGCCAAGGCCGUCGCCGCUCCUACCCAGCAGGCUCCUCCUGACCAAUUGAUGGACCUCGUCGACUCCUUCCUCUCCGAGAACUCGUUCACCUCCGCCCACGAGGCCUUCCAGAAGCAGCGCGCCAAGAGCGGCUGGAAGCCCUCCAAGAAGCAGACCACCCGUCCCGACCUUGUCACCGUCUUCCAGAGCUGGCAAACUACUGUCGAUGGCAAGCCCGUUGCCGCCGGGGUUGAUGUCAAGAACGUCAAGGUUGUGAGCAGCGACAGCUCCAGCAGCGAUAGCGACAGCUCCUCGAGUGACAGCGACAGCAGCAGCGACGAUGAGGACGUGGACAUGGCCGAUGCCGCCGCCGACAGCGACAGCUCAAGCAGCUCCAGCUCCAGCUCUGACUCGGACUCUGACUCAAGCAGCGACAGCGAGAGCGAGGACGAGAAGCCUGCGCCCAAGAACGCUCUGAAGCGCAAGGCGCCUGAGUCGGACAGCAGCAGCAGCCGCCAAGACUGCCGACUCGGCCUCCAACUCUUCCGCGACCCUCGAGAAGACCUCGCCCGAAACCUCUACCGCUGCUGA